AUGGGUCAUUUUGACACACUUUUAGCAUGGAAUAAUGACCAGUUACCUGAAGACGAAAAGUUGUCAUUUACAGGCAGAAGAGCUUAUGCACAGGUUAAUUCUUAUAUCAAUGAAGAUAAACAUGAUACUAUAGCGCCAGGCGCAAUGACAAUUCAGAAGUACUGCAAUAAGGUGUUCGGUGAAGACAAUUGGCUAGAAUUUGAUAGAAGAGGCUCAAUAUAUAACUUAACAAGAACAUUAAACGGAAGAGGUUAUCUGGAAAAUACUACAGAUAUAUAUGAACUUAUGAACGGUAGACCAUUUGUUUCAAAAGAAGAACGAAAAUACUUCAAAUUGACACAAAUGAUGUGUUAUUUCUCAACCCCAAUGCGUUUUAGAGGUAUGCUCAACAGAGUAUAUGGUGCUAUUGCUGCAGGAAAGCCAACUACAUGUGAUAACUGGGAUAUGACAAAAAGCUACUAUAACUUGCUUGGUUGUCCAGAUACAGACUGGAACUCAUUUGUUGAUAUGGCUAUUGAAGACUUUAAGCGUAGACAGGCCUUAAUGAAGAAAGUUAUUGGUCAGAAUAAAAUAUUCAUAGACCCAAAAGGUAAACGCACUCCUAUUGAAGAUAAAAACCCAGGACACAUAUUCGUGCAUGAGUCUAAAGCUUAUAUGAUCUUUGUAACAAAACUAAGAGAAAUGGGAAUUAGAGUUGUUCAGGACGACGAAAAUUCAAAACAAACGGUGACAAAUGCUAGGCAGAAUGCAAUUCGCAAGUAUUUGAAAGCAAACAACGGUAUUGGUUAUUCUAAGAAGUGGAAUGAUGCGGAAAAGGCAUAUGCUGACAAAGUAAGAGCUCGCUACGAGACUUCCAUGUCUUCUACUCCUUGUGAGGAGAAGACUACUGGUCUCGAUAUGGACUUAUUUAAGGAAUUUUCAGAGAAAUGCAAUAAGGAACGUGAAGCAGAAGACCAGAAAGACCAGGCUAAAGUAGAAGCUGCAAUGGCCCUUUGCAAAUAUGAUACAGGAGAACUAAAAUGA